GUCUACCUUGUCCAUAUCUCUCUCACAACCUCAAUAUUGCAACCCCAGACCACUUGAACUUGAAUCACCAAACCCUUUAUCUGCGAACCUCCUUACCAGCAAGAGCAAAAUUGUCGUUCUCUGAUUUAUCCAGUUCUUGAUACCCUGAAUUCGUAUACUUUAUUCACAAUGAGCUCUCCAUUCUCCAUCAAUGGCGGUGCCUGCGUAGCCAUGGUAGGUAAAGACUGCGUCGCCAUAGCCUGCGAUCUCCGCCUCGGUCUCCAAGCCCUAACCGUCUCCAACAACUUCCCCAAAAUCUUCUCCUACGGCCCCUCCGUCUAUCUCGGUCUUACCGGUCUCGCCACAGAUGUCUCUACCGUCUCGGAUCUCUUCCGCUACAAAGUAAACAUGUAUCGACUCCGCGAGGAGCGCAAUAUUUCUCCCACCACCAUGGCGAAUCUCGUCUCAAGUUCGCUGUACGAACGUCGCUUUGGUCCGUUUUUCGUUAGUCCUGUGGUUGCGGGAUUGGAUCAGAAGACUGGGAAGCCGUUUAUCUGUGGGUUUGAUAGUAUUGGUUGUAUUGAUUUCGCAAAGGAUUUCAUUGUUAGUGGAACUGCAAGUGAUCAAUUAUUUGGUACUUGUGAAGGGUUGUGGGAGCCAGAUUUGGGACCAGAAGAUCUCUUCGAGACAAUAUCACAAGCACUCUUGAACGCAGUCGACAGAGAUGCUCUGUCAGGUUGGGGAGCCCAUGUUUACAUUAUUGAGAAGGAUAAGGUUACCAAGAGGUUACUGAAGGGCAGACAAGAUUAAAUGGUGUGAAUUAUAACGAAGCCGUAAUUGUGAUGGAGGACGCAGUUGUAAUCUUGAAGGUACACGAACUCGUAUCCCUGACAGAAAACGAUGCAUACGACGGUAUGAAGACAAUGCUCAGGGAUUCUUACAGGAAGCAGUGAAAGAUGCCUUCUUGUGUGCAGUUAGCAAGCACGCAAGAUAGGAAAGAUUUGUAGUAUUAGAUCUAUCUAGCGAAUAGCCAAGGCAUCAAGGGCUUCAUAGAUACAAAACGAGCAUAAAUGACACAUCUACGUAGGCGUUUGCUUUUCAAUUUCACUAUUGCCUCUUCA